AUGUCCAUCGCCUUCCUGGCCUUCCGGGUGAUUCUGUUCGACGUGCUGCCACGCGAUGUUCGGGGGGACUUCCAACAUCCUGGCGGCGCUGGGGCGAACGGCGUCCCAGGCCAGAUUCGCCGUUCUCCCGGUCUGGACCUCGGUGACAACCUCAACAACCUGGCGGAAGUCGGGUCACAGCUCAAGAAUGAAGAAACCACCAAGUUCAGAGAAUACUGCGAGGGCAAACUUUUGCAGGCCAGAGCUGCUUCACGGAUAGAGAGCGAAGACUUUUUUAUACGCGUUUGGCCAGAGGAGCAAGUGAAGCCUACUCCCCUGGGCAAAUGGAAAGGCAAAACUUCUCCAGUACGUCUAGAUUCGAGUCACAGAGGAGUUGUCCCAAAGACUCCGCCAUCGUCCCCCAAGGAAAGAACCGAGAGAGACGACACAAGUGAGGAUGUUAUUGAUGAGGAGGAGAGCGAGGAGUUAGCACUUGUGGGUCCUCCGAAGCAGCUAGUGACCCACCUUGUCCCUGCCCAGUAUGUGUCGUACAAUAAGAGAUGCUUCCAUGAUGAGGAAACGCUCUUCUUGCCCUCACCAUUACCAAGUGACGUCCACAACAAGAUUGAUGCCGACGUAGCGCUGAGAAACCUUGCAGAUGAGGGUCUGUACAUUGGUGAGAAGCCGUACAUUACACAGACCAAUCUCAAUAUUACUGAAAACAGAUUUCUUCGUCAGGGAAGCAGGCAUUGGUUCACAGAGACAGGCUCACUUGAGAGACUGGACAACCCCAUCAGUGAGCAGAUCUACCACCAUCUUCCCUCGGACUUUGAGACCCAACUGGAGCCGCUCACGGUGUUUGUUCAUCCACAUUCAAGUGAGUGUCUGUCCACAAGUCAAGAUGAUGGCGGCGUGUUGGAUGUUGAACUCUCCCAGCUGACCUUCACCCAUCACCCUCUCUUCUCUCCUGAACAUGUGUUGGCCUCACAGCUCACUCAAGCUUACAACACAUAUGUGGAGAGGGUGGCAGCAAGCGUUACAAAGAUCCUCCAGAACAAACUUGUGGUACUACGGCAGUCAUUGGCAAAACUCCGUCAGAUUAGACCAGAGUCCAAGAGGCAGCAUAAGUCUGUCCACGAGGAGAUCGACUCUGUCCGCAGGUUGGAGAUCUACCGCCAAGAGAUCCGGGAGUGUCGUGAGGAGUUUAUCGCUGAAGCCGAGAGAGACCGAGUCCUUCUGACCAACAUCCUGAAACUUUGGAAAAACAUCAAACAUCUGAGGCGAGGUAAUAAGUACCACAGCACAGCACACAAACUGAUCAUAAAAAAGGAAGAUGUCAGUAAAGAAGAUGAAGAGGAGAGGAGGAAAGAGGAACUAGAGGAAGAGGUUAAAGAAUUACUUGAAGUUUAUGAAGAAGAUUAUACGAAGAAGAUGACGAAGUACGAGAAAGCCAUUACUGAGUGGAAAACUGCUCGUAAGAAAAGGAAAGAAGCCAAGAAACAUCAGCAGCAGCGACAGAAGUCAGCUUUAGGGGAAGAUUUAGAAAGUUCAAUUCUACAAGCUGCCCAGGACGACACCAUAUUGUCCACCCCAGAGGCAGCCAAGCCCCAGCCUCCCAAGCCAGUAGACAAGCACAAGGUAGAAUUGGAAGUUCUCGAGGUCUUCUCCCACACACGACGGCCACCAGGGGAACCCAUCAUACAACUGGAACUGACUCAGUCAUCGUCGGUAACAGAAAACAACCAUUGUCCUGAACAAGAGAGGCGCCGGAGACAAGCGGUUGGGAAACUAAAAUUGUGGGUGAAGGUUCUCAUAAACAACAAGCUGGUAACACAAACAUCUUCAGCUAGUCUUGGAAAUGACUUCACACUACACCUUGGCCAGACGUAUAGAAUGGCCCUGUCAUCGUGGCCACGGAGUGUUGUAUUGGAAGUCACCGAGGGAACGAGUCUUAGGCAGACUCUUGUGGCAACAGCAUUCUUACCAGUACCCAGCAAAACAAACACCUUCAAGGAUAUGUUUGAUACUGUUGAAUUCAGUGGUAAACAGGUCAUAAGCCACAACCAUGAAGGAGUAGGUUGUGGCCUGGCAGACUCAGAGUACGGAUCUUCCUUCACCUGCGGGUUGAUGAGGUACCGUCUGGGUUGGGCACUUGGUGACGAUGGAGAGAUUUUGUCGCCUGUGGGUCCUCCUCCAGCAGCUCUCACUGGUCAUUCUCCUGUUAGAUCACACCUGCACCCCAGAGCUGACCCCACAAUUGCUAAGAGGUGGCUUGAGGAUGCUCGCAUUGAUCCCAAUGACCCGAGUAAUGUAGCACUUGUAAGUCACUUGCAGAAAGCUGCUUCUGGUAAAUCUAAACCUAACAAUUACUUUGAGAUAGAUCGCUAUGAGGGAGACUUUUGUACUAAUGCUGAUCUGGAUGCCAGUGUACGGCUGCGCGUCCUUCAGCUCAGAGCUCAGGAAGUGCCAGAGUUUAAGGGCCUUAAACUUAUUCCUGCCAUUGAGUCAGAAGUCCUACGAAAAACUUUAGAAAAAUAUGAAAAUAAGGCUGCUAUUGGAACUGAACAUAAAGAGACCACAGAGUUAGAGAGCGGCGUUCUGUGGGGGUUAGACCAGCGAUGGGAGCGCACAGGGAAGCUGCUGGCUUCAUUACGCCGAAACAUGCAACAGCGUUACUCUCCAACAAAUGUUGCUCCAAAGCUGAAGGAUUUAGUGCAAGAGGAGAGCAUACCAGACAUUGGGACUCUUGGAACAUCUUUACUGUCAGUGUUCAAGCCUCGGCGACCACUGAAGCCACGGAGGAAGAAGAGGGACCAAGUUCGGGGUGCUGGCUUGGUUGACCCACAAGUGCAGCUCAUUGUGCACAUAGCUCGAGCCUUUCACGUUCCAGUACGUCAUGAUUCGUCACGUAACACUUCCGCAGAACAGAGUCAGUCAACAGAUGUGAUACAAGGAAGUAGUUUAGUGCGUCCCUUUAUUGAAGCAACUUUCCAGAGGACGGUUUUGCGCACUAGUGUCGCUGAAGGUCCCAACCCAACGUGGAAUCAGCAACUCUCAUUCCCCUUCAGAGCCCCGAAUGACACCUUUUCAUCAAAGACUCUACAGACGGUGACAGAUAACGUCUACCUUCACCUGUUUGAUGAAGUCAUUCAUGAUUUGCUCGAGGACGAUCGCAUGAGAGACUCGACAGUUCAUCAUCGAAUAGAGAAGUGCUGGCUUGGCUCUCUGAAGAUCCCAUUUUCUACAAUAUAUUCCAAUACCAAGAUUGAGGGAACCUUCUCUCUGGAAGAGCCUGUGGUGCUCUUAGGGUACAGCCGGGACACCACCUCAGCUGUCAACAUGGGUGCUCACAGGCCUCAAGGAGAGCCCAGUAGGUCUACCACACACCUCUCCAUCUACAUCACCCUGGAGCCAACACUUCCUCCUCCAGAACCCAUCAAGGCGCAGUUUGAGUCAAGUGAACCGGAGGAGGUGUUGGCAGCAAGCCGUGACUGGGUGGCUUCUCUUUCAUCCCGUUAUUCACGCCGCAAAUUCCGAACUCACGUUUUAGAUCUGUCAGGAAAGUUGUUGUGUUUGAAUCGCUUCAUCCGUCCACUGAAGCCGCCCAAUGAAUUGAUAGGUGAAAAUCCAGUGGAAAAUGCCCAUCGUUUGGCGUGGUACAUCUCUCUGAUUCCUUCCCUGGCUGACAUGACCCUUUUCCCUGGAGCUUGUGAUAUUUGGGCCAAUUCUGAGCAAUUUUUGACCAUGUUGACCGGUGAUGAAGAGGAACAUGCAGUAUUACUCACCAACUUCUUUCUUCAUAUUGGCAAGACAGCUUUCCUUCUCUUAGGUAGCGGAAUACCCGAGGGGGAGACUUGUUACGUACUCACCCUAGAGGACAACGGCUCAUGGCUGGUGUGGAAUCCUUCAACAGCUCAGUGUUUUGGUGCCACGGAUGCCUUCAGUCCCCUCAGUGCUGUCUACAUGCUCGUUGAUCAAGAUAAUAUUUGGGCCAAUGUACAGAAAUAUGAUGAUCCUCCGCGAGUUAACUUUGACGUCCAUGGUUCCGGGUGGCGUUCAUUAUUCUCCAGGUCUCAGCCGGACCCUGGUUUACCGAGCGUCCAGCCUCAGCGGCUCACAUUCCAUCCAGUCGACACAAGCCAAAUGGAUCAGCUGAAGGAGAGACUCGAGAUACUACUGAGAGAUGCCAUCAUGAAGUGGAGAAGCUCUCAGAGGACACCUUGGAACCGACAUGCCAUCAUGGUGUUAAGAAAAUUAGUUCAUGGAUUAGAGGAACCUCGAGCCUCUGGCAAAGAUACUUCACCUGAUCUCACACAGUUAGCGACAAUUAUGACUUCCCACAAGGUAUGUGGGGUGUGUGUACAUCAAGGGUACAGUACCAUGGCCAGUGUGGUGGAGGCUGUCCACAGUACUGGGAUCCACCUCACACAGUCAAAUGAUGCUGAAUUUGCCCUCGCUCUUCACCUCAAACCCUACCCAGCCUCCAUCAUAUCAGUGUGGGUGUAUGUGGCAUCACUAGUCAAGAGAAUGUAAGCUGCUUUGCCACACAGGGGAUUUUAACAUGAUUGUGGCUUUUAUGUAAUAGAGUUGAUUGCAGAAAAAAAAUAUAUUAAAUAAAAAAAAAAUGUGUA